UAUUUUUAUAGCAAAAGAAAAUUAUUAUUAUUUUUUCAAUUUAAUUCUAUAAGUAAUAUUGACAUUUAAUUGUUUUAAAUAAAUGAAAAAAUAAUUUUAAUAAACUAGAAUAAUUAUUUAGAUUAAAAAUAGUUGAAUUGGUUUAUUUGCGUAAUUUAAAAAAGGAAAAGAUAUUGAAGUAAAUUUCGACCAUUUUUUUUUUAACUUUCAAGUAAUAAUCGCAUUAAAAUUUAUCAGAAGUUUUGUAAAAAAAAGUUGAAAAUCAAUAUGUAAUAUGGAAGUUGCGGAAUUGAUUGUUUAAUUCAAGCAAAUAAUAUUAUUAAGCUAUUAUGGAAGAAGUUGAGUAUUUGGAAGAAUACGUUGAAGAAUAUCCAAAUGCAAUUCCUCAAAUUUUGAAUAACACGGAAAUCGAAGAAUUUUUACCAGUUAAUGAAGACGAUAGAUUUGACUUGCUCCCGGUAAAUACUAGUUUUGAUGAAUUUAUAGAAGAAGAUCCAUUAGUAAGCAGAUAUCGGAAUGAUUUCCAAAGAAAUCUUAAUGUGAAGAAAGUUAAUGAAAUGACAACAUAUAACGCUCAAAAAGAAAUAGUAGACGGCUUCGCUCAUAAAGAAUCUAAUAAAGGGUCUUCUAAAUACAAUUAUACACACAAUUCCAUUAAUUCAAAGCGAUCGGAUAUUGUAGCAAAAGUAAUAAGUUGUAAAACAAUAGAUACGUCAGCAAUAAGAGACAGAAGUUUUCCAUUCAGUACUGCUCCAAAAACUACAUCAAUUCAUGCUACACGUAAGCCUAAUUUAAUUCAAGCUACAAAAACUACAAAAUAUUCGAAACAAAGCGUUUCAAGAAAUUUAUUUGGUUCAUAUACAAAAUUAAAUUUGAAUAAAUCUAUUGAUUCAUCUUUGAAUAAGAUUGUGGCAAUUAAAAAAUCAAAUAGUAAUUUUGUUGGAAAUUUAAAAUUGCCCACCUUGCGGGGAUCUGUAAAUAUAUUUGGCAAUUUCAAUGAAAAAAUAAUUAAAUACAAAAAAGAAAAUCCUGAACUUUUUCCAAUAAAAAAAACCGAAACAUACAAAUCGAUACCGAAAAUAACCGCCAGACAAGUAUCAAAAUCGUUUUUCACUAACAAAAAUAAUCCAUCAUAUAGUUUCAAGGAAGGUAAUGGUCCAAUGUUUAAGCCGAAUUUAAAUGUAAAAAAAUUUUCUCGAUACGCCAAUAAAUCAAUGUCACCUUUAACGAGAUCUAAUGAAUCUCUAGAGAAAGAACUUUUGGCAGUUGAAGAUGAAAUAGAUGACAGUCAAGUUGCCGGGGAAGAAAUAGUAAAAACUAAUGAAUCAAAUGAAGUUGAUGAUAGUGAUAAAGAUAGUUUUGAUGGUUUAGUCGAAACAUUAAAUGAGUACAUCGAGGAUGAAUCUAAUAAUGAAGAACAAGAAUCACCAUAUAAAGAUAAAUGUGAUUCAAGUCCUACGGUUUCGCAAACAAUUAAGCUUGAUAUUCAGCCCAAUAUUAUUAAUGAAGGUAUGCACUAUCUGCAUAUAAACGAAACAACUAAUGCAAAAGCAUCCACGAGUCAAAAAAGUCAAGAACGAAGUAAGGCUCCCAGUUACCAAGAAAAACAUGACGAGGAAAAUAAAGCGAAGAAAUAUUCCCAUUUGGAUGACAAAUUAGAAAAAAAAUCGACUGCGCUGAAAAAAAAGCAAAAAGGUGAAAAGGUUGAGAGUAGUUAUGAAGUUGAUGCAUGCACAUCGUCCAGUAACAAAAAUGAAAAAUGUCUGACCUCAAAAAAGAAAAAUGACAUUUUGAAAGCCCAAACUCUGGAACACUUGGAAGAAGAUGUCAAUGAAAAUUCCGUCGUGAAAUCGGACGAAAUUAAAUCGACAAAAUCUUCUAUUUCUAAUCACGAUGAAAAAUCAAGCAGUGCAGAAAAAUCUGCCAAUACUCCUAAACAGAAAACGAAUUUAGAAAAAAUUAAACAAAAUGUGACCAAAACUGAAUCGGAUAAUAAAAAAGAAGAAAAAAAUAAAAUAAAUGAUAACUGUGAUUUAGCCGGAAUUCAAAAAAAUCAACUUUCUGAAAAUAGUUUACCAAAGGAAGAAAAAAAUAACAAAACUGUUAAAGAUGAUAUAGUUAAAAGCUCGUCAGCAAAGUCACCCGUUCAUUUAGACUUUGAAAAACCAAAUCAAUCAGAAGAAAAUGCAUUUAAUAACAACACCGACUCCAAUAAAGAGGUUUUAACUAACGAUUGCGCUUCCGAUAAAAGUAAACAGUUCCCUGAUAAUGCAAUAUCGACGGAAGCGAUAAUUGAAAGUGAAGUAAUACCAUUUGUGGAUGAAAAUGUAAAGAAAAAUGAAACUUGCCAAAACUCAGAUUUGAUAAUUUCUGUGAAACCCGUGACUAAUAUUGAAUCAAGCAUCGCUAGUGAACAUGAUAUCAAUACAAAAAAUGAAAAAAAUGAUGGAGAAAACAAUAAUAUUGAAAUCAAUAUUGAAACAUCACCUGAAGAGAAAUAUUCAAAGAGCUCCGACAUUGCAGAAUGUGACUCUGAUCAAAACAGUAAACCUAACAAUGAGAAACUCAACUCACCGACACAAUCAUUACUUCUAUUCAAUGAUAAAAAUGAUGAGAAUCCGAUUAAUGACGAUCAAAAAAAUAAUCUUGAUGAAGUUGAUGAAAUCGACAAUAUUCUUGCAGAGAUUGAUAGUGUAAUGGAAAGUAUACAUUCAGAUAAAGAUAAGCCAAUGGAAAUGCCAAAAACACCCCGUAAAAAAUCUGUAGAAAAUAUAAAAAAAAGUGAUGACGGUAUUGAUACACUUUCAUGCUCUCCUGAAAAAAAAGAAGAAGAUAGAGCUGUUAAAGUAUUUGCGCAAAGUGAAUUAACAAAACAAACAGAAAUUUCUCUUUCUACAAAAGAAGUUUCAAAAAUAAAAAAAGCCGAUUUAAAGCCUAAAGAAAUUGUUAAAGAUUUAAAUAUAAAAAAUGAUCUUCAAUCUGAAACAGAAAAAGGAAAUAUUGAAAGUGUUGAUAAUACAGAAGAUUUAAAAAGUAUUACAUCACACAAAAAAUCACCAAAAAAUAAUAAAAGUUUGGAAGAGCUUUCUAAAAAUGAUUCUACAAAAACCAAUUGGAAAGGCAUUAUAAAGCCUGCAAAAGUAGUUUUAUGUAAAAGCGAUAAAAUUUUUUUCAUUAAAAAAAAUUCUACUGAAAAUACCGAUUCUGAUGCUAAACUUAAUAGUUUAGAGUUCAAAGAAAAAAUUAACGUUGAGCAUACGACUUCAAGAAGUCGAAAGCACUCGAAAGAACGAACUAGUAUUGAAAAAGGCAAGAGAGUAAGUACAAACGAGAAUUGUGAAAAAAGGAAGAAUUCUAGAAGUGGAUUUUUGGACGAGCUAGAGAGUAUAUUUUAUAAUGAGAGUAAUAUUUCUGAAGUCGAUAAGUCGAAAUCUUGCGAAAAAACUGAUGUAAUUAAUCAAUCUGUACUAAAUAAUGAGGACAAGAAAAAGGAAAAAUCAGUUCUAAGUGAUAAUUCAGAUGACAAUACAAAAAAUCAUACAAAAACUUUGAUAAGAACAAGAUCAAAUAAGAAAAUCGACGCGACAAAACAAGAAAAUCUUUCUAAAGACAAAGAUCCACAAGUUAUGUCAAAGAAAACUGAUGAAAACGUAGUAAAACUCGAAGGGCGCGAAAAAAAAAUUGAUGUGCAAACUGAUAAGGAAGUAGAGCAUAUUAUGAGUAUUCCAUCAUCAGUAAACAUAAAAGAAACUCGUUUUGGACGAAAGCGAAUUUUAUUUAGCUCGAAUUCUGAAUCCGGUAAUAGUGAUAAGAUUUUCGAGAGCGACAAUUCCACAAUAGGGUCGCCACCAUUAGAGGCAAAUUCAAAACGUAGAAAGAUAAAUCGAAAUAUUAAAUUAGAUAGUAAACCAAAAUAUGACAACAAAAAGAAGGAUUCAGAAGCUGCCAAAACUGAUAUUGAAUUAUAUUUUCAAAAUAAAUUGUCUUAUUUUGCACAAACUUCACGUUCAUCAAAUAAGAAGAAUACUGACUCUAAAAGCACUAGAAAAAGUAAAUGCGCCGAUAUUAAUGAAAAUCAAGCAAUUGAAGUAUGCGACGUGAAAGGGAAUUUAUACGGUAUUUCCGAAAAAUUAAUUAGGGGCCGAAAAAGUGUUGAGAAAAAAGUACAAGAUAUUCAAAGUGAAGGGAAACAACAUGAAAACUUACAAAAUAACAUCAGCAGUAUAGAAACCAAUAAGGGCAAUCAAAAGAUUGCUUCAGGCAAAAAAACUUCAGACUUCAAAAUAAAGUCAUCAGAAUUAGAAAACAUAUCAACAGGAGAGAAAAAAGCAAAUAGAAAAGAGCAUUCGGAAAGAGAACAUUCAAAUAUAAAAAAUACUGAAGAAACGAUUUCUAGCAAAAACAAUUCUUCGCAAGUAAUUCUUAACGAAGAUAAAAAUUCGAAGAAUAACAAGAAUACAGAAAAAAGUCAACAAUUAACUAAACAAAAUUCUGCAGAUACAAAUGUUACUAAUAAUGAAGCAAAUGUUAAUCAAAUAAAAAAACUUUCUGUUGAUGUUUCUAACUUAGAAAAAUUAGAAAAAUCGGAUGAACAUAAGAAAACUGGCGAAAAUAUUAGUUCAAUCAAGGAAUCUGUUUCCGAAAUUGAUAACAUAAAAAAUGAAAAUUUUGGAAAUAUUGAGAGUCCCGAAAAAAUAUGCGGAAAAUUGAUAAACGGUGGAUCAGUCGAUAAAACCUUCGGAGCAUUAGAACAUAAGAGAAAAUCUAGCAGUGAAUUGAAAAAACUACAGAAAUCAGCAACAGCGAGUGAAAAUCAAAAACAACAAGAAAAAGAUAUUAAAAUUAGCACUGAAAUAAAUAAAAAUAAAUCAGAACAAAGUGAUGAUAAGACAAAAAAUAAUCUUGAUAAACAUAAUAUAGAAGAUAUAAAAACAAUUGAUAAAAACCAAAAGGCAGAAAAUUUACGAGAUGUUAUGAAAACAACAUCUGGAAAAAGUGGUCGUACUAAAAUUAGUAGUUUUCAAACAAAGAAUGAAAAAGACAAAGAUUCUAUAAAUGCAAAAAACAGGAGCACACAUGGAAAUGAAAACGUGGUUAGUGAAAACGAAAAGGAAGUAGAAUUUGAUAAAACUCUUGACGAUGAGCUUAACGAAUCAAGAAGUUUAAGAAUUAAAAUUAGAAGUAAAAGAACAUCUGGUUGUCCUGAAAAGGAUAUUUGCGGAGUUGUUAAUAAAAAAGGCGAUAUUUUAAAAACCACUAAGAGUGAAGAAACAAAAUUAAAUGAUAGCGUACACAAAGCAGGUGCCUCAGAAACUUUACACUGCGAGAAAAUGCUCGAUAAUGAAUUUGAUAGUUCAAGUCAUAAAAAAAAUUUGAAAGUAAAAGAUGAAAGUGUCGAAAAACAUAAACUCAGUAAAAAGAAAGAAGAAAUUGCUGUUAAUAAAAAAGAGUUAGAUAAUAAAAUUGCAUUAUCCAAUGAAGAAAACCGUGAUGAUUCAAUAGGAUUAGAAAAAACUAUUAAGGAUAAAUACUGUCCAGAAAAUACCGUUUCCAGUGAAAAUAUUGGUAUCCCAAAAAUCGCAGAAGAAGAUAAAAAUUUGCAUAAUACUAGGAAUAGCCGAGAAGUAAAACCUUGUCUUACUGAACAAGAUGACCGAAAAUCUGCAAAUAAUCAAAAGGAAGUUCUAAACGUUACAUCAAAAGAUAAAAAUGUUGAUUCUUGUGGCGAUAUAACUCCUUUUAUAUCGCCUCUUAAUAACCAAGAUAAAAAUUCAAAAAUAAAUAGCACUGAAAAAGGAACGAGCAGAAGAGCUAAAUCUGUAGAUGAAAAACUUAUUCCAAGUAUUGAGUUAACCGAUAAAAAAUUAGGAAGCAAAUAUGAAACAGAAAGCAAAACUAGGAGAAACUCGGAAAAUAGCCAUUUCACUCAAAAUAUCAUUAAUAAACUAAUUAUUGAAGAAGAUAAGGGUUUGAAAACGACGCUACAUAGCAGAUCAACAAAUGACUGCUCUAUCAAAAAAACGCGACAAAUAUCAUCAGACGAAGAGCUUAAUAAAUCAAAAACUUUAGAAAAAGAAAAAAAGUCCCAUGAAGUUUCAGAAAGUACAAGUAAUAUUAAACUUUAUAACAAUGAAACUAUAAAUGAACAAGAUAAAAACUUGAAAGGAACAACGAAUAAGAAAGAUUCGCCUGAAAAUAUUAUGUCGGAUAUCGGCGUUGAUAAAAAGGUGUUACAAAAUCAAAAAGAAUUAGAAAAUCAAAAAACAAGCAAUAAUGAGUCUAAUAAUUUAAAGAGAUUGUCAAAGAUUAAUAGGAAAUCUUUUGAAACCAUCGGUAUGGGUUCUCAGAGGCCAGAUGACAAAAUUGUUAUAAACACACAAAGCGAGAAAGAAAGUUCUAAAGAAAAAGAAAUUGUUCCACCCAGUUCACAUGACGUAAAAGAAUCAAACCGCAUAAAAACAUCUUCAACUGACACUUCAGACAAACUAAUAAGAUUAGAAAAGAGAAAAAGUUCGCAAAAUAGUGAUUUGGGUAAAAGUUGCGUUCCUCAAGAUGUUAAUGAAGAAGAUAAGAAUCUUAAAAUCUAUACUAAUGACAAUGAAUCUAACAAGAGCUUUCUUCCGGAAAUUAAUGAGGACCAAAAAAAUGAAGAAGAAGAACUAAGUAAUGUUAAACAGCUUGAACAAUUAGAUAGCAGCAAUAAACCUGACAACCACAAAGAAGUUUUUGCAGACCCUGAUGUCACUACGACAGAAGAAACAGAUCAAUUUAAAAAAAGUAUACAUGAAAAGUUCGAUGAAAUUCUCGAAAAUGAAGUAAAAAAUAAAAUCAAUACACCAAAUAAUGAAGAAGUAGUUAAAAAUAUAACGGAAAUAUCAAUUAUUGAAUCAACGAAACCGAAGAAAAAGAGAUCCAAAAUGAGAAAAUCAGCAUUCUUUUCAAAAAAAAAGAAAUCUCGAAAAACUGGGGAGAAAAAAAAUACAGAAAAUGAAAAUGCGGAAGUUAAAUCUCAUCAAAAUAUUGCCAAUAGCAUUAGUAUUGCAACGGAUAAAAGUGUGCCUGAAAAUAAAACUUUGAAGGACACUGAGCCGCUUCAAAGUCCAAGCGAUGAAAAUAUCAAAACUACUAAAGAAUCCAGUAGCAAUAUUUUUAAGAAACCAUCAGUUCAAGAUUACACUGUAAAUAAGAAAAAACCCAAUUACGAAACUGAAAAAAAAACAUCAGAUCCUAUAUUUGUGCAACCGAAAGCUCCGUCAAAUUCAGAUAAUUCUCAAACAUUAACACGUAAACGAACACGAACAAGUAAAGAAUAUGAUGUUAAAAUGUUGGCAUCUGCCUUGAAUGAAUCUAUGUUGAUACCAAAAUCAGAAAAACGGCGGGAAGGAAGUAGAUCAAUAUCCACGACAAAAUCUGUUCAAAACAACGCAAAAACUGCAAAAGAAAUAAAACCUAUAAUCAGAAGUGCAAGAAUAAUUCGUCGCCGGCAAUCUAACCUAAUUCAAAUAACCAGGAAAGAAUAUGAAAAGGUUGUUCGGGAAAAUUUAAGAAAAAGGGAUAGAGAAAAACAAUUAAAUAAUAAAAAUUUGUUGAAAAAAUUUGGUAUUGUAAAGCUGUUGAAGGUAAAAGUAAAAAGAUUAUCUAAAACAAAAAUACAAAAAUUAAAGCAAUUGCAAAGCUCUGAAAAGGAAAAAGUAACUGAACCAACUGAAGCUGCUGAAUUAAAAAAGAGUGCAUAUGAGCAAAAGGAUUCAGCUCAAAAAAUUUCUGGGAAUGAAAUUGUCGACAAAGUAAAGUCGUUCCUUGAACAGGUUUAUACGCUUGGAACAAGUUUAAAAGAAAUACAAAAAUCAAAAAGUAAAGAUAAUUUAACUGAAUCUGAAAAUAGCUUUGACAGUAAUUCGCAAUCUAUGACAAAAGAAGUUGAUGACAAAAGCAAAUCAAAAGAAAAUCAAAUAUUAAAUAAUGAAAAGCCAAAAAAACGACUUGUUACAACGCUGCCUCUUAAUGAUAGAGUAAGCAAACGCAACACAAAAAGAGAAAAUAAUUCGAAAAGAAUGACUCGUGCGAGAUCUAUGCCCCGAAGCAUAAAUAAUUCCGAAGAUGAAGAAACAAAUUCUUCUCGAGCUUCAAGUAAUUCUCGGACGCUAUCAAGUUUUAGCGACAAAAAUGAGACGCUUGAAGCCCUAGAAAAAUUUCGUAAUUUAAAAAGUAAAAGUAGAACACCUACGCCUUCACAUGAUAAUCAGAAUAUCGUAGAUAUCCCGAAUAAUACAGAAAAAGUUGCAAGGAAAACAUCAAUCACUAAAAGCUUAAAUCAAACCGUUCAAAGUAUUGAAACCGUAGAACAAAAAAAAAUAGAUGAUGUGAAUGUUGUUUCAAAAGCUAAUGAUAUAAAUUUAAAGAAUUCUACAUCAAAAAAUUCUAAAAGAGAAAACAAAAAGAUUACUGAACCAUCAUCUCAAAGCAGUGUUAGCACAGACCUUUUAGAAGAUAGUUGGAUCUCUACAACUGAAAAUAUUUUAAUUGAAAAUGAAAUCGAAUUGCAACAAGAAAAUUCUCUUAAAAAGAUUUUGCCUUCGUCUAGUGCGAAGGCGGAUUCGACUUUUGUUUCCACGAUUGUUCCGUUGAAUCAACUAAAACCUUCAAAAGCUGUUUCCAUUUCACAAGAUUCUUUAAAUAAUACCAAUCAAAUAAAAAAGGUAAUACAACCUACAACUAAAUCAUCACUCCAAAAAAAUGGUCAAGUAAGAUGGCUCCCAGCCCAUAUCGUGGUUGAAACAGUUUUUAUGACAAGAGAUGAAUAUGAUCGUAAAAAUUUAAGAAAGAUUAUCACACCUACUCCACCCUCGACCUUAACAACACAGUUAAAAACGAAAGAAUUAUCAAAAAUCACUCCAAAUAUUGUAGAAACUCCAGCACUAGGUACGUCAAUGGUUACAAAAAGCAGAACCAGUUUAAUAAAUGUAAAUAAUAAUCGUGAUGUUGAUAGCAUUCUUCUCAAAAUAUCUGAUUUACUAGAAAAUCAGGUAAAAAACGAGAGUCAGAUAAAUGUAAGUGAACCUGAAGAAUUUCGUAGAAGAAUUCAACGUUUAAAUAACGUGAAUAAAAUGAGGCUGAGCAGUGAAAACGCGCUUCAGGUUUUAAUAUUUUUACAAAAUUAUUUUUUUAAUGUUACUCCUGCACAAGAUACAUUUUUGAAACCUUUACCUAUACAACAAAAAACCUUAGCGCCUACAUUCAAUCUAGUAUCAACUUCAACUGAGUCACCACUUAUAGCAACCACCAUUUCUUCAAACCAACAGAAAUUAACAAAUUCUGAACCAGAUACAGAUAAAUGUUUUUCAUUCAAAAAAAUUCUCUUACAAAAGCAACCUAAUUCUGAAUCAAAUAACAGUUUGACUGAUCAAAAAAUUGAACAAACACCUAAACAUAAAUCUACAAAACGAAUUGCGACCACGUCUCAAGCACCUCCAGUAAAUAUGGGGCCACCACCAAAAAUUCCAAGAACUUUAGAAAAACAAAUACAAUUAACAAAUACAACUAGUUCAACACUUCAAUCUGAUUUAAUAACAUCCAUACGGAAGGAGCCUGAAGAAAUUUUACCAGAUUUGGAAAAUAUUCUAAUGGACCAAAUUAAAGAGGAAACACCUGACGAAAUAACAUAGAAUUGGUGAAAUUACAUUAUUUUACGUAAUUUGGGUUUUUAGAAUUAAAAAUAAAAGUUGUUCGUAUUUAAUUUCUUAAGAACUGAGUUUAUCAAUUAACAUACAUCUUAACUGUAUUAUUCAUACUUACAUUAAUGUAUUUAAAAAAAAAUGUAAUACAAAAACAAAAAUUAAAGGAAUAAAAUUAAUUUAAUUUAACAUAUAAUUUUUAAAAUUUAAUUUUAGAAAAAUUCUUUUAAAAAUUUGUUAUUUAAAAGAAAAAUUAAUCUGUUUAUAUCUUAAGUUUUAAUUUUUUAAAAUUGAAUUGUUAAAGACGAGUAUAGAUUUUCUGAACUUUAAAGGUUAUUAUUUUCUUUAUCUCAUAAAUGGUUUUAUUAUAAUGAGAAAAUAAAUAAAAUAUUAAAAAUAGUUGUGAAGAAAUGUUUUUGAUUUAUUGAAAAUUUCAAAAUACGAAAUUAUUUUUAGUUGGAAAAU